GACAAACACAUUUCACCCCAAUAAUAGACCACUCAAAUGGUCCACAAGAAAAUGAGCCCACCAUUAACACACACUCUCCCGAAGUCUUCUCUUUUACUUUAACUUUUCCCCCACAAUCAUCUCAGUACUUGAACACAACGCACCCAAGAAAAUUUAUUGAAAAAACGAUAAAGAUUCAAAAUUUAUACAAUUAGCUAUGAACCCGCAACAACCAGAAAAUACCCACCUAAAAAUAAAGAAGAAAUGCUCAAAUUUAAUGCCUAUAUGUGUUUUUAUUGUUGUGAUUGCGGAGAUUAUGUUUCUGGGUCGACUCGACAUUCUUAACAAUAAAUCUUUGGUUAACUCGUGGGCGGACUCGUUCGUUCAAUUCACUACAUUGCCGUGGUCCUCUAGGAAUUAUAGUACUUUUGAUGAUGAUGAUGAGGGUGUCGGGUCGGGUCGGGUUAGUAGGCUUGAGGAGAGUUCAGGAUCUGGUGAAUGUGAGAAGUGGUUGGAGAAACAUGAUUAUAUUGCUUAUUCUAGGGAUUUUAUAAAACAACCGGUUUAUGUUGCCGGGGUGAUUGAGGACUUAAAAUCUUGUUGUGUGGGAUGUAAACUUGGAUAUCUUCCUAAGGAGAAGGCUGAUGCUUCAUUUGGGUCUGCGAAAGCAGAUAAGGAACCCACUAUAGUUAGAUCAAUGGAGUCAAGUAAAUACUAUCCGGAUCUGAAUCUCUCUUACGCACGACGGAAAUAUGACAUAAUUAUGACAUCUAGUCUCUCGUCAGAUAUUCCUGUUGGAUAUUUUUCUUGGGCUGAGUAUGACAUUAUGGCUCCUCUGCAACCAAAGACUGAGAAUGCUCUGGCAGCUGCUUUCAUCUCUAAUUGUGUUUCUCGCAACUUUCGCUUGGAAGCUCUUGAAGGUCUUAAGAAGGCAAACAUUACAGUUGAUUCUUAUGGUGCCUGUCAUCGAAACCGAGACGGAGAUGUGAACAAAUUAGAGACUCUGAAGCGCUACAAAUUUAGCUUGGCGUUUGAGAAUUCCGAUGAAGAGGAUUAUGUUACUGAAAAAUACUUUCAGUCUCUUGUUGCUGGAGCUAUUCCCGUAGUUGUUGGUGCUCCAAAUAUCCAAGACUUUGCACCUUUGCCUGGUUCAAUUUUACAUAUUAAAGAGAAAGGAGACAUCGAUUCAGUUGCCAAGACCAUGACAUACCUCGCUGACAACCCUGACGCAUACAACCAGUCACUUCGGUGGAAAUUUGAGGGACCUUCUGAUUCUUUCAAGGCUCUUAUAGAUAUGGCAGCAGUUCACUCAUCAUGCCGUCUGUGCAUUCAUGUUGCAACAAUGAUGCGUGAGAAAGAAGAAAAGACUACAGAACGCCCUUGCAAGUGUACCCAAGGCUUAGAAACUGUAUAUCAUGUAUAUGUACGAGAAAGGGGGAGGUUCAAGAUGGAGUCAAUAUUCAUUAGAUCUGGAAAUUUGACCCUGAAGGCAUUAGAAUCUGCAGUGCUGUUGAAGUUCAAGUCUCUAAAUCAUGUUCCCGUUUGGAAGGAGGAAAGACCGAAAAGCUUAAGAGGAAGUGAUGAGCUCAAACUGUAUCGGGUUUAUCCUCUUGGUUUAACACAGCGAGAAGCCUUAUAUACAUUUAGUUUUGAAGGGGACGAUGAAUUAAAGAUUCACAUAGAGAAAAACCCUUGUGCAAAAUUUGAGGUAAUAUUCGUAUAAUUCAAACGCCAACUACAUCACCACCUUCUCGAUCUAUCAGACAACAAAAGGUUGUCUUUGCUUCAUUCUCGUUUUUAACACGUUGCUUGUCAUUGAAUAUGCAACAUGCAAGGAUCUACACUGCUAGUUAAAAGUGCAACAGAAGAUGUCAGAUUUACUAGUUAACUGGAGUAGUUGAGAAAUGAAAAUUGUUCAUAGUCAAUAGACUUUGUCAUGGACUCAUGUACAGCCUUACUGUAAGAUUGUAAGAUUGUUUAACAGAGUACUAACUUGUGGAAUGACUAAAGAAUUACACUACAUUCUUUUUUAUCAUAAUAUAUUGUUAGUGAAAAAUAAUUAACUCUGCAAACAAUAA